AACCUUGAAGGCUACACAUGUAAGGUUUCCGACAUAAGUCCAAUACAUUACUACGCAUGGUAGGUAGUACUUAUGGGCUAGUACAUAGCCUAGUAUUGUACAUACUACAUAGUGCCAUAAUUUACAGGGACCGUUACCCCACAGAGAUCCGGACUUUAACAACAUUUGAAUAUCCAAUGUUGCAAUUAAUGAUAUGUACCUAACAUCCAGAUGUCCUACUUAAGGAGGAAAAAAAGGUAGCAAAGACCCAAGAAGAAAAAAAACAUGAUGACCAAACGAACAACGCCACUCGCUCAAUGAUCUAUCGACCACAAAAAGCUCUCGCUCAGCCUGGCAUCCGCGCCUUGCUCCUCCUCCUGACCGCAGUCGCAUUAUACGCCAUUUACGGCUCCCUUUACUUCUAUCGCGAUCCCCUGUCCAUCUUCUUCUCCGAAAAACAUGGCUUCGAUCCCUUCUACUCCCUCACCCGCCAAGCCGAGGCAGACGAGUUCUUCGAUGCCGCCAUAGCGAAUCCUGACGCGUUACAGCAGCAUCUUGGUAAAGCCGUAGCCGAUCCGCAGAUAUGUGCUGUCUUCCUAACCGUCGGAAGAAGUAUGGAGGGGCGCCAGUACAUCGAUAGCGCUGUGGGCUCAUUCUUGGCGAAUAUGUCGCGUGUUGAGCGAGAAACUACGCAUUUGAAAGUAUUCUUUGCCGAUGUCCCAGACCCAAAUACUCAACAUAAGAGCUAUGCCAAGCUGUCUUCUGCCAGUAUUGCCGAUGAAAUCUUCACUUAUAACUCGACCUUACCCGCCACCGAGAAGGAUCGCAAGAUUCGCGAACUUAUGGGAUACGCCAAGGAUCGACAAAACAAGCACGCGCUCGAGAAAAAGUCCGUGUUUGACUACGCGUACGCCCUCGAUCGGUGCCUGAGAACGACCGAAGCGCCAUACGUUGCCAUUUUCGAGGGUGACAUUCUACUUGCCGAUGGAUGGGCGGCAAGGACGCUGAAGAAUUUACAAACCAUCGAGGACAUGAUGAAGGACCCGCGGAGACGAAAUCCUGUGAAGGGCCAGAUCAGUCCAGGCGUUCCGAAUACAUGGCUCUAUUUACGGUUGUUCAAUCAGGAACGAAGUAUUGGGUGGUAUGGUGGAACUGGCUUCAGGAGUAACAACAUUCACAUAAUCUCUCUUGUGGUGGGUAUUCCACUUCUACUAGUCUUACUGUUCAUGCGGAGGCAGAUGCCGAGACACUUGGCUCGGCACCUGGACGGGUGGACCUUAUUCGUGGCAUGCGGCUUGGCGGUGCCACUAUUCGCAUGGCUUUUCUUCGCCUCCGGCAAGGCAUCCCUCAUCGGCUCACCACCCGGAGUCCGUGAGGAGUUUUUUGGGUGCUGUAGCCAGGCUCUGGUAUUUAAUCGCGAACACGUAAAGCCGCUAUCCAGGUACAUGAUGGCCGCUUCUCAGCGGCGAACCCCGGGCCGAGCCGACAUGCUGCCAAAACUAUUCGCCCGGGACCACGGCUUGGCGAGGAUCAGCGCGUAUCCGAUGCUAGCGCAGCACGCUGGUCGGAUUAGUGCCAUAGAUACCAGCAACGAUGAGGCAAAACGCGUUUGGAGUAUGGCAUUUGAAAAUUUGAAGCCAUCCACGUUGGCUAGAGAUCACGUUAGGGCUGUCCAAGAGCUGUUUGGCAAUGAGGCUGUUGAGCAGAUGAAGACACAAUGGUAUUAAUGCUAAUGCUAUACGAAUCUAUGAAUGACUCUCACUUUGAGUUGAAAUAUGAAAUAUCAUCACCAAUACUAUUUGCCUUCUAGAGAUCUUAUUUCAUACAUUGAGAAGAUCAACCGCCAAUUUGACGACUCACGUGGGGGUAUAGACGGACUUUCUAAACCAAGACACUAAAAUCGCAAAAAGCUUAGUUCA